AAAGGGAGAAGUAAAAAUUAAGUGAGCCGACAGAGUGGCUCCAGGCUAACGUUUCCAGAGUUGAGUCACUUUCUACCCAGUGCUUUACCACAGCACAUGUUAAAAACUGAAAGGGAAGAGUCAGGCUACCUGAUCAGUAAACAUGAUUUUGGAAUUAAUCAGUUUCAGUGGUCUCUUUCUUGGAGCUGUGUCAUCUCCAUCCUCACCAGCUCCAUCUUCACCUCCCACUGCCAGUUCUGUUGAAGAACGCUGUCGGAUGUACAAUUCUGGCCAGUCCGCAGACUGUCGUGGAAGACAGCUUGAUUUUGUUCCAUGGAGACAAUUUCCAGUUACUCUUGAGAGCAUAGAUCUUUCUUAUAAUGUGCUUCAUGCUAUCAGUGCUGCAGACUUCCAGAACCUCCCUCAGCUUCACACCCUUCUGCUGCAGUUCAACAACAUUUCACACAUUGAUAAUGAUGCCUUUAAAAACAACCCAUUACUGGAGCAUCUGAACAUUUUUAAUAACUCACUGCAGGAGAUUCCUGCAUCACCUCUGACAUCUGUACUGAAUCUAAAGUACCUCGAUAUGUCCAAUAACCUUUAUAAACAUGCAACUUUAGCAAACAGUUUCUCUAAAUUAGUCAGACUCAAGGCUCUGUCUAUGGGUGGCCCUUUGGUGAUGGGACUAAAGAAAAAGGAUUUUCAUUCCCUAAAGAACAUUGAAUUACAAGAUUUUGCUAUCAAGUGCUCCUCAAAUUUAAGUUACUAUGAGCCAGGAAGUUUAGAAGUCAUUCAGACAAAGCAGAUGCGAUUUGACAUGGCGAUAGAUCAACGACCAAAUGCUCUCCAUCAUAUACUACAUGAUCUCUCCAACAAGACGAUCAGCCUAAUUCAGUUUCGCAACCUCUUUGAAUUCACAUACUACAUGGGCGAGGAAGAUAUUUUCCUGAAUUUAAAAUACGUUAGAGCAUUUCAGCUCAUCUUUCACAGAGGCAAGUUUAAUGAAAAUCUCCUGAGGAUGGCUUUACUCAACUUACAAGUGACUCCUAUCAAAUGGCUUAGACUUCAGUACAUUGACUUUGCCCGUUCACCAACAUUUGUUGACAGUGGUGCAGGUUCUAGUAUAACCAACCUGGCACUAGACAACUUGGAUCUCUGGUAUAUCAGCAAUCCUGAUGUGCUGCGUUUUGACUGGCGCUUCACCUGGUUCAAGAAAAUAAAAGAGCUGUCUAUUCAGUAUGUGUAUUUCAACAGCGUUCCUUGUGACUCCUGGACUGAGAUGGAAGGUGUGGAGUUGUUGGAUGUCUCUAACAAUCGAAUAAACGAUUACAUUUUAUACAACAAGAGGUGUAAUUACAGGGACACCAUGCCAAAUCUACAAACCCUCAACCUGAGCACCAAUGACUUGACCAGUUUAGAAGACGUAUCAUCUCUAACAAAGGAGUUUAGGAAGCUGCAGGUGCUGGAUCUUAGCAACAACAAACUGGGAUCUACAAAAGAAAGGCCAAACUGUGUUUGGACACAAAAUAUAACUCAUCUAAUUGCUCCCCACAAUCGGUUUGCGAGCGAAGCAUUUAACUGUCUACCUACCACGGUGUAUUACUUGGAUCUGUCCAACUGCAACCUGGACCAACUAGACAUCACUUACUUUAAGAAAGCCACAAAUCUGAAAAAUCUCUUACUGAGUGGGAAUAAAAUUAAGUUCAUCCCAUCAAAGUGGGAGAGUCAAUCUAUUCAGUUGUUAGCUAUGGAUGGAAAUUCGUUUGGUUUGAUUAGCAAGGCAUCUUUCCAACAUAUGCCUCAAUUGUCUCAGCUCAGAGCAGGAAACAAUCCUUACCAUUGUACUUGUGAGCUUCACACCUUUGUCCAGGACACCAUAGCAAGAGGAAAGGUUAAUCUCACUGACUGGCCCUGGAACUACCGAUGCUAUCACCCAGAGUCCUUCCUCAACACCUUCAUAUCCAAAUACUUUCCUGGUCAAAUAGCAUGUGACAUCAGACUUGUUAUAAUCAUCUCUGUUGCAACCACUGCCACAGUGAUCUUGAUAUUUGUUCUAAUUUGCUAUAUUUUUGACCUCCCGUGGUACACUAAAGCCACGUAUCAGAUUAUACGGGCCAAAUACAGAGCUCACAAGGAAAAUCUAGCUGGGGACAUUGAGAACUUCAAAUAUCAUGCCUUCAUAUCCUACAGCCACUCAGAUGCUGAAUGGGUUAGAGACCAUCUCUUACCCUGUUUGGAAAACAACAAGAACCCCUAUCGUCUGUGUAUUCAUGAGCGGGACUUUAUGCCAGGAAGAUGGAUCAUUGACAACAUCAUUGAGAACAUUGAAUGCAGUCGUAAGGUUAUCUUUGUCCUGUCUCUACACUUUGUGAACAGUGAAUGGUGCAACUACGAACUGUACUUUGCUCAGCAGAGAGCAAUGGGUAAGACCUUCAGUGACAUCAUCCUGGUGUUGAAGGAGCCCAUUGAUCCAAACUCCUUGCCCAGCAAGUACUGCAAGCUCAAAAAGAUGCUGAGUACCAAAACAUACCUGGAGUGGCCCCAACAGGUGAACCAGCAGCCCUUCUUCUGGGCUCAGCUGAGGAGUGUUCUGGGUAAACCUAUAAUGACCCGUGAGGUGGCUAACAGCAAUAGGAGUAGAAUCUCAUCUGGAGGAGUUUCUGUGAUUGGGCCCCUUGUUGAAGAAAGCAUCCCAGAAGUAGGCAUACCUAAUGAAGACCCCUUAGAGAAAAUUCACAAUGAAAUUAUUCACAAAAAUGAUAUUGAACUAGAAGACCAAAUAAAUACAGAGGCAUGUUGAUAAAAAAAAUCAAAAUAAGCCGACUAUCCACAUUCCCAUAAUAUCUUUUUCAAAAAGACUUAUAAGUCUGGCUAAUGCCAAGUAGGUGGCAAGAGCCAUAGUCUACUGACCUUUAUCUGAUGACAGAUUAGAAUAAAAGAAAACCUUGAGGGUAAAGGUAAUAUGCUCUUUCUGCUUUACCUUUAAUUAUCUCAGACUUUUUCUCUGCUGACAGACCAUGAAAGGUCACUUCAAAUUAGAUCUUCCAUGUUCAUGCUGGUGAAUAAAGAAGGUCCCAGUUAACUGUACUUCUUUGGUUGACAGAAGUAUGAGAUCAUGAUUCUUAUAAAGUGGAUUUAUUUCUGAAUUGGCCCUAAAAUUAAUGUGAUGAACAAACAAUAAGAUAUGCUCCCAACAUCUUGGUGCCAGAUACAACAGCCUACCUUUAGGGGUCUAGUGCAGUCCAUGCCUUGAUGGGCAAGGCUGUUUUUUUUUUUUAUGGAUUUGAUUGCAGUGUUGGUUAAGAGUUUUCAAUAGGCAGAUAAGCAGGCUUUGUUUUAGCUACCAUUAUUUUCUUAUUUUAUUAACUAGACACUGUCAAAAUAAACAUUUGUGAAUUUCCUUUUCUUUGAAACAACGAAAAUGUGAUGUUAUCGAACACUUGCUGUACAAACAAUUUGUUUCACUUUUUUUCUUGAAAUUCUUGCACCUCAUCCAGAAAAACCUCUAGUGUUAAGGGGCUGGAUUUUGCAUUGCAAUUAUUUAAUAUGCAUUCACUGAAAGAUAUUGAAAGUUUUGUGGAAUAGCAAUGUAUAAAAUCUAAUUUAGUGAGAUGUAAAAUGUUGUAGGAUGUCUGAAAGCCCUAACUAGUCAGGGCUAAUCCAGCCGCUCAGAAAAGACAUACAACAUUUAGGCUGAAAAGUUUUCUAGGAGUCAUCAAGUGAGAGGCCGGACAAACCCUGGGUAGCUAAACAGUCCAUUACAGGGCCCCCACAAAGACACCAAACCUAAGGUCAUAAAUUACCCAACAGCCAUGUUAGUGGACUGAGGCAGAAGACUAGAGCAUCAAUAUCAUGCAUACAGAGAAUGAACCUGCAAACCUGUUUACCACUGUCCAACCAUGGCACCCAGUAUCACAGGAAAUAUAAGAAUCAAGACAAAAUAAAAGAGCAUAACCUAGUCUCCUGUUUUAAGCACUGAACAGAUCUAUAGUUAACAUUUGUUGUUUUUGUAAACUUUUAUAUAAAUAAACAAGAAUUUUAAUUGUUGCAAGCCACUGUUUUCAUAUUUUGAUCUACAGCUGCUUUUCAAUUUCUCAAUUUUCUGAGAUAAGCUUCAACCGGAUCCAUGAUGAUGGACUUUGUACAUAUAGGUUUUGUAAUUUUCCUGACGUAUGUGUUGAUGCUCAUUUUUCUUUGUGCUUGACAUUGCAAAGACAAUUUAU